AUGAACUGGUGCAAAGGAGAAACACACACAGAACGAAUACUAUUAGAAGAUAUAAAUAUACUUACUUUUUACAAGGGAGAGUUCACCACAGGUAGGCGUCUCAGACCCAUUCCUCAGCUAAACUGUGUAGGAGGUGAGGGCUGCAAAUUGUUUGAGCCGGAAUUUGUUUAUUGUGAAAAUGCUGGUUUCGAUGGAAGUGAUGUACACUGGCGCUGUACUGCUCAGCUUCCCUUUCAUCUAGAGCUUGGUAAAACUGUGGUGAGUUGUGAAGGCUACUCUCAACCUAAUGACGUGUACAUAUUAAAGGGCUCCUGUGGUUUAAAGUACGACUUACACAUAAAACAAAACUUUCAACACCCUACGAGUCGAAAGGGCUUUACUAAUAAUAAUUAUCUUACAGUUUUCAACUUGGUUUGGUUUGCCGCUGCUGCUUUCAUCAUAUAUGCGGUCCUUAGCGGAUUUUUAAGAACAGGAGGGCGUCCACUUUCAAACGGGAGGAAUUUUAACUCUUUUUCCCCACCAGAUUCACCUCCUCCUACUUACGAUUCGCAAAACAAUAAUUUUUCUCGUUGCGAUUCGUCUUUCUUUUCGUCCUCCUCUCCUUUUCGACGAUUUUCCCGGCUAGGACUUGGUCACAAUUUUUGGACAGGCUUGGGAUUAGGGGCUUUAUCCGGGUACUUCCUCGGCGGGGCCCAAAGGAACAGUUUUAGAAGUUAUAGAAGUCGAGAUUUUGGCUCCACGACGUUCAAUUCACUUUCUGAUCCUUUAGAAACUAUUCACGGCUCGUUUCCUACAAGAAGCUCUUCCACAUAUAGCUCAACGGGUUCUGGGACAACAGAAAGAAGAUAA